AACUAUCUGCUUAUUUACUCAUGUAAACUUUAAAGCGCAAAUGUAAAGAACGAUGGUGUUUAUUAGCAAGACUCCGGCAACAAAUCAAUGUCAACUCAGUUUGUUAAAGAGAAUAUCAUUGUUUUGAUCUCAGGGUAUCAUAUCUUCAUCACUCUCAUGACAAAACUGUGAUAAUUUUGGCAAAAGUGUGAAAAAUUAUGCUUACUGCUCUGCCUGUGUGAAAGUUUGUACGAGAUAUUGCACAUGCAGACUUUAUCAAGUGAGAAGACGGAUUUCCUGUAACUGCACUUAAAUAUUCUAUUUCCCAUACUGAAUGUAGAAUUUUAUUUCUUUUCUUUGCUAUCGUUGCACCCUUCAUCCUGGUUUCUUUUGCCUUGCAUUCAUAAUUUAGUUGGUUUGAUAUCCAAUCUAAAAUACAAAAUAAAUAACAGUGACUAAGUGAUAGAAAAGCUUGCAUCACACCCACUUCGAAUAAUUGCUGACUGGUCAACAUUAUCGCACACACCAGGCACCAGUUUACACGCACACACACACACACACACACGACAUCUGUGUGCACAUCUCCUGGAAGGAGGCCAGCACCCCUACUUUCAGAUUCUCGAUCUGCAGUCAGAAUUGACUUGUGUGCUUCUUUGUGGUCUCUGGCCUUUAAGCCUUACAUGGAAAGCAGCUUUGGACAAUUGCCAACCAUGGACACGGUUGAAGACCAAUAUUCCCUCCUCAUGGAUCUCCUCAAUAUGAAUGAGACAUAUGACCCAAGCUAUGUUGUCAGCGAAAGUGUCAAACUCUGCAGGAAGUCAAAUGUCAAUGAUUUUGGCUCCAAAUUUAACCCGGCUUUCUGCUAUGUCAAUUUCUUUCUGAGUUACCUUGGUAAUGGCCUCGUCCUCUACAUCAUUUACAAGUAUGAGAAGCUCAACACGGUGACAAACAUUUUCCUGCUCAAUCUGGUUCUCUCCAACAUCCUGUUUGCCACCAGUCUCCCAUUUUGGGCAACUUAUCAUCUGUCUGAAUGGAUUUUUGGAAAUGUUUUAUGUAAGUUAGUCAGCAGCGCCUACUUCAUCGGUUUCUACAGCUCCAUCCUGUUCCUCACACUUAUGACAUUCGACCGAUACCUUGCAGUGGUGCAUGCGGUAGCAGCUGCUAGAAGCAGAAAGAGAAGCUAUGCUUUUAUAUCCUCUGCAGUUGUUUGGUGUAUCAGUGUUAUGGCCAGUGUGAAAGAACUGAUUUUUCAGAACGUGUGGAAGAGUCCUUUCAACGGGCUGGUGUGUGAGGAGUCAGGAUACUCUGAAAGCACCAUGGCAUUGUGGCGUCUGGUCUCUUAUUAUCAACAAUUUCUGGUGUUUUUCCUCCUCCCUCUGCUAAUGGUGAUCUACUGCUACAUCAGCAUCACUGUCCGUAUCCUGUCCACUCGAAUGAAGGAGAAAUGUCGUGCCAUCAAGCUUAUAUUCAUCAUCAUCUUUACUUUCUUCCUUUGCUGGACCCCCUACAAUGUCGUCAUCCUGCUUCGAGCCAUCCAGAGCUCCAAUCCGGAUGUCGAUUGCGCUGACUCAGACAAGCUGGACUAUGCGUUGUUUGUGACCCGCAAUGUAGCCUACCUUUAUUGUUGUAUCAGUCCAGUGUUUUAUACAUUUGUGGGUAAAAAGUUUCAGAGCCACUUUAAAAGGCUGCUUGCUAAGAAAAUCCCGUGUCUCAGGAGACACAUAAGUCUCAGCAGCCAGAGUACACGAAGCACAUCACAGAAGACACCACAUUCUGAUUAUGAGUACUAGAGAAACUACAUGCUGUAACUAGAAAUUUGAGGGAAAUAAUACAUUUAAAGUUGCAAGUUAAUGUUAAAACAAAAUUAUGAAACUGUUACCAUGAAAAAGUACAUUUUAUUGAUGAUGUUGAAUUAGUAUGUUGAUGAUGAUGAAGUCUUUGUGAUGCUGCACUUUCUGGAUAAAGUACACUUUUUGUUGACGUCUUUUUUUCACCUUCAUAACUAGAAACUUUGGGACAGUUUCUCGUUAGCUAACACAAUCAUUUGGUGACUCACAGACUUAUAUGGAGAAAUAGUUUGAAUUCGUCAUGGUCAUAUGUUGAAAUGACGGGAGUCAUUCUUAUUCCCCAAAAUGUUUUGAUGGAAGUUUAAAAAAGUGACUUGUAGAUAUUGUACUUAAAAUUAAUUUAAGGAUAAUACUGAAGGAAUCCGUGCAUCAAAAAACAUAAACGCACCAAUAAAAGUUACUGUAAAACAUUUAUGAAUAACGUGUAAACUAUUAGGCAUUAAAUUAAAAAGGGCUGAGGCUUUAUGUUGUGUUUUUAUUUAGUUUGAAAAUAUACUAUUUUACAAAUCUGUAUUACUGUGCCACUGUCAAUGUCACAACAGCUCACACACAAGCAAGCAAAGGGGCCUGUUGUUUUUGUUUUUUCAUCUCAUGUGACAUCCUUGUUAAAACUCACAAAACACAAAAGGUUUACUGAAUUGCCAAAUAUAGUCUUGAAAAAGAUGAAAAACCAGGGAAAAAAUAAAUUCCUCUCCUUAAUAUCA